ACGCGAGCACAAAUGCAUCGUCUAGGAUUUAUACCCCCAUUACUUCCCCAGCACCCUCUCUCUCUCUCUCUCUCUCUCUGUGUGUGUGUGUUAUUUGCUCAAAUGGGCAAGCCCAAGCUCAUGUCAAUGGCAGCCCCUUCUUUUUUCAAGGUCAUGUUCGGCGAUUUCAGAACCAAAUUGAAGAUCCCGCCGUGUUUCAAGAAACAUCUUGGAAAGUCAAUCAUGCAGAGGUCGGUGCUUCGGAGCUCGGCAGGCCGAGAAUGGGAGAUCAAGAUGGGGACUGUCGAUGAGCAGAUUUUCUUUCAGGAUGGAUGGGACCGCUUUAUAUCGAAUAAUUCGAUUAAUUUGGGAGAUUUCUUGGUUUUCUUUUAUGAUGGUGAUGUGGGUUUUGAUGUUAAGAUCUACGGGACGAGUUGCUGCGAGAAAAGAGAUGAAUUUGAUGUGAAGAUCGAAGCAGAGUCAGAAGAAGAUUAUGACGCUAAGAGACCAACGAAAGUCAUUAGAAGAAAGGCCAAAAAGAUCACAGUAGACAAGCCGGAAGGGAGCGAAACGUGCUAUAAGAUUUUUAGAGGGGCGAAGGUGAGUGACAAGGCUAUGAAAGCUGCAUGUGCCUUCAAGAGUCCUCAUCCUCACUUCGUUACUACUUGCAAGAGCACACCCAGCUGUUACAUGAGAAUUCCAGCAGGACUGGCUAAGAAAUAUAAUCUCAAUAUGAAGAACUCAAUAGACCUUCGAGAUCCUCGGGGUACUUCAUGGUCUGUAAAAUUAUCCACCUGGUGCGAUGGGCGCCUAUGUUUAUCAUCUGGUUGGUCAGAUUUAUACAAGGAAAACUGCUUGAAGGAGAGAGAUGCUUGUGUAUUGGAGUUUGUCCAAGGAGGCACUCUAGUAAAUGUUCACAUUUUUCGAGCUGCAGAUCAUAUAGCAAAAUCAAUUCCUGGAUCAGAUUGGAGUACUUCUAGAGUCACAAAAUGUGAGGAAACAUCAACCUGUCAGCACCCUGAAAAAUCAAGGCAUUCAGAUAAUAAUAAGAAUGAUAUGAAAAAGGUUCGGCACGCCAGGAAAUCAAUGGAUUCAUAUAAUGUUAAGAUCAAAAGAUUUCUAAGUGCAGAUGAUAUGACAAAGAUUCCAAACGAAGCCAAAUCCUUUAAAUCACUCCAUCCAACGUUUGUUAUUGUUUGGAGGCUGUCUCGUUUAUAUCAUGUGCCGAUUCCAAAGAAAGUGUCGAGACAAGUUAGCCUGGUGGAAAAUCAAAAAACAACUCUAAUCGAUCCUUCAGGAAAAUCAUGGAGCACAAACAUCAGUGUUCGAACUAGUGGGAAAGUAGAAUUGGGGGUUGGAUGGUCCCACUUCUCGAGAGGAAACAAGUUGGCUUUCGGUGAUGUAUGCAUAUUUGAAUUCUUCGGAGGAGCUGAGUACAUAAAAGUGCACAUUUUUCGUGCAGAAAAAACCAACACCUCUGCUGCUAGUGGCAUUCCAGUGAUCCCUCCAUGCUGAUCAUUUUCAUCUAAUUAUGUAAAUAUGUACAUAACAGUCUUGUUUUGGUGUAGAAGUCUUGGUAGUUGAUAUAUUUCCUACUCCAAGUUAUCAACUUAAGCCAAGAAAUAAAGAGUUUAUCUAGUUCUAUGAAACCAUUGGAAGGUUUGUGUAUAUAUUUCUCAUAAGAAGUGGCCCGCUCGUUUGGUAAUCAUUUGACGGUGUACUUGUAAGAAGCAGUUUCUUCUGUUUCAGUGAAAUCUGAUUGAGUAUGCAAUUUUUUUUCCAA